GAGACAGCUGCUAGCAAGAUCACAUUCUAAUGGUGUCCCUAAAUCUGGACCAUUUAUGCUUAUAAAUGACAGUUGGGUCUAUCAUUUCAACUUAGUACUCUGUGUGGAGCUGCUGCGAUAUUUUGAAACAAGUGAUUUAGGCUUCAAUCAUUAUUUUGUGAAACUUGUAUGAACUGCUCUGCUUUCAGCAAUGCCCUCCAGAAUAACAGCGUUCCUCUGCAAGCCAGAUUCCUGCAUUUCUUCGUCGUCGCGGAAGCCAUUGACUGUCAUCCAUUUCUACACCCUGGAACUUGUAUAAACUAAUAAAUCAUGGGACGACGAUUGAAACUGUGGCUUGCUGUCAUUAUACUUGUGUCCAUACUAAUCAAAUCGGUUAUGUGGUACCUUGAUUGGAGCAGUUCAUCAUCUAAAGAUACCACAGUGACGAUAUCCGAGAAUAUACCCGGGAUACUAGAGCCUCAAAAUAAUAUGAUUAGUGUAUUGAACCAGAACAAAUCCAUUCACGUGUUAAUAAAUGCUAGAAUGCGUACAGGAUCAACUUUGACUGGUCGAUAUUUUUCUAACCAUCCUGACAUUAUGUAUCUUUACGAACCGGAACUCACUUUACGAUAUUCCCUGCAUUACGAUGUAUUUAACGACAGUGCAGCAAAUGUAGAGAAGCUCCAAAAACCGUUCUACGAUAUUAUUGAAGGUUUCUUUGACUGUAAUUAUACAAGGCGUCCUGAACUGUUGCCGUUUACAAAUAAGACAAAAUGGAUGAAAUUCUCAAAUGGUCUUGCUCACCUUAAAGGUCCUCAGUUUAAUGCUAAACAAAUAACUAAACUAUGCGAGACAAAGGCUCAUCGUGCAGUGAAGACGGUGCGGAUAAAUGAUAUUUCCAAAGGUCUCGAAACGUUAAAAAAGUAUGAUGUAAAAGUCAUCCAAAUCGUACGAGAUCCCCGGGGAAUGAUCAACUCGAGAAUAAAGUAUGAACACUUGGACACACGACAGAAACAAGGGAAAAGCGCGCAAAAAAUCAGUGAAGCUAGUAAAAAUUAUUGCACAUGGUUAAAAACAAAUAUAGACGCUGUUUUCAACGGGUCGGCGUGGUUGAAGGAACACUAUAUGAUCGUGCGCUAUGAGGACCUGAGUGAGAGACCGCGUCAAGUAGUUCCGCAGAUGUACGACUUUAUAGGAUUGUCAAAUACGAAAGAAUCUGAUACUAUUUUGUCAAGCCAGAAAAUAAUACGUGGCAAUGCAAUUAAAUGGCGGUAUAGUUUACCAUUCAAUCAAACACGCAUUGUACAAAAUAACUGUCCCGACGACAUAUUUGAAACGCUAGGUUAUGUAAAGGUUAAUGAGUGAAAACCAACAACUUGACAAUUCGUUCGUACUGGUGACGUCAUCGCCACCCAACAUUAGUAAACGGAUCACCCAAUAAUAACACUAGACCGAUUCUAAAUAUUAUUAAACUUGUUAAUGACCCAACAUACAUUGUGAUUUUUUUUUUAGAAAUAACGAUUGAUUUUUCUUUCAUCAAUGCUUGUUGAUAGUAUGUGAAAAAAAAUUGUCUAUUUUUUAUUUUGACACCAUGUCGUGAUUAUUGUUUCAUUAUUUUAUUUUUUGUCGAUAUUCCAACAUGACAUUAUCUAGUUAUUUUUUAAGUUUUUUGGUCGCUUGGGGUAUUAUGCUAUCAUUAGUAUGUUAGUAUUCAGUUAUUUAGCUGUUAUUUUCAUAUUUUUAUACGAAUGUGUCAUUAUUUGGUCCAUAUUUUCUUACGUGCAGAUAUUUAAUUAUUAUUAGGACAUUCGAUUGCUCAAAAUGUGGUUGUCUCGACCAUUUAAUGUCUCAACAUUUGAUUGUCGCGAUAUCAUCUGACCUCAUUAUUAGCUGAACCCCAGUCGUGCCCAGAAAUCAUUACACCUGCCAGCGUGUCACAUAAAUUGUUUUCACAAGUGUAAAAAAGAACCCUUAAUAACUGUUGGUGAAUUGGUUUUAAUUAAUUAAUUAAUUGUAUGCAAGCUAUUGUCGAUAAAUAGUACAUUCCAUCACAGUUGAUUGUUUGCUGAACAAAGAAUUAAGAAAAACAAACUAUUAACUCUGAAAAAAGCUAAUACAAGUAGCUAAAAUUUUUAUAAUCCUGUUAUUUGAUGUUAUUUGAGAUAAGAAUUAUAUUGAUAUAAAUGUUAUAACAAUGUUGCAUACUAAACAAAAUUAUUUAUCAUA